AUGGGGAAGAUGCCAGGAAUUCAGCUCCUGCAGGUCUGGGACCGGAUGGCACUCAUAGACAAGCUACAGGUCAUUACUCAGCUCUUCGAAGUUCAGAAAACGUGGCUGUCAGCUCGUUUUGAGAAGAUUGGGAGCCUUUACUACGAUACGCGGAUGAUGUCGAAGCGAGCGUGGCAAACAAGAGCCACUUGUUUACCGACAACAACGGAACGGAAGCAGAUCCUUUUUGAAAUCCGACCGAAGUCCUUGCAAGAGCCGUCCAUCUGGGACUACUACCAAACUGUCCUCCAAAGGGAGAUCGAUGCCACAAAGAAUGUGCCACGUCUUCCCAAGCAGAUGGUGGUGCUCUGCGCCCCUACACUCUAUCUGCCAACACGUGAGAAGAAUCUGGCUGCGCUGGAAUCAUGCGCACAUGUUGCUAGAUACGCCCUUCCCUCCGAUCCUUUGAUUUGUGCAUCUCACCUAUGGCACAACGACCUCCACGACGAAAAGAUAUUCGUGGAUCCCAUGAAUCACACCCGCAUAACUGGCAUCAUUGACUGGCAAUCGACGCAGGCAGGAACUCUCUUUGAAAACACCAGCGAUCCUGGUAUCCUUGACUACGACGGACCAGGCAUCGAGUCUCUGGAGAAGCCAACACUUUUCCAAAAUUACAAGGAACUAUUCGGAACCGAGAAAGCUGCUGAAAUUCAGCUCUACUAUAGCAAGUCUCUCCUGGUGGCUUACCGGAGGCUCACCCAGAGGAAUCCGUCCUUUAAAAAGACGUCCGAGUUCCAGGCCUCUACCGCAUUUGACAUUCUCAAACUCUCGCGCCGCAUCUUUGAAGUCGGCGAGGCUCAUGUGCAGGCCCUUAGUGACCCCGCUGCUGUACAGCAAGCUGGCGAACCCGCCUCUCCACCCAGCUUCUCGGAAUCCGAUCUUCAGCGUAUCGAGAGUGACGCCGAAGCUGCCGAUGCUGGCAUCCAAGCAACGGACGAGAUCAGGAGGCGGCUAGGGGAAUACUGGCCCGAGAAAGGUGCCGUCCAGGCCCAACAUUACGAUGAGACGAAGCGCUUGCUCAAGCAGAUAAAAGAAGAGCUCGUGCACGAGCUUGCACUUGAUCCCGAAGGCAGGACGGUCUUCGAACAGUUCCGUCCAUUUGAUGAAUAG